AUGUUCAACGCUCUAAAUCGUUUUAUUUCGCGUCUGGACUCCGAUGCUCCAACGCAUCACUCAAAUCAAGGUGGAUGGGGUUUCCAAGUCCUUCGAAACAAGUCCCAAGAGCUAGCCAUUGAACCUUGGUUUGAUUUCAUAGUUGGGAUCAAUGGACGUAUGAUCGACGAUUCUGAUCCCAGUCUGUUUGGUCAAGAAGUUCGCAACUGUGCUGGCAGCACCGUAACUCUUGGGCUAUGGAGCGCGAAAGGUCAAAGGACGAGAAUGAUACAUAUUCCAGUCCCACCAAACAAUCCCUCCCUAGGCCUCACUCUGCAAUGGACCUCUAUCUCCACCGUGUCCAAUAUAUGGCACAUUCUUGACGUCCCAGCAAACUCACCAGCAGACUUAGCAGGACUUCUUCCGUACAGCGAUUAUAUCCUUGGCACUCCGGAGGGCGUAUUGCAUGGAGAGAGUGGUCUAGGAGAGCUGGUCGAGGAUCACAUUGGGCGGCCUUUGCGAUUGUACGUCUAUAACAACGAAUACGAUGUCACGAGGGAAAUCACCAUCCAUCCAAGUAGAGACUGGGGCGGAGAGGGUGCAUUAGGUUGUGUCUUGGGAUACGGAGCAUUACACAGAUUACCUGCACCUCUCUCUGAGCCAGUGGCAGCGCCUGGAGAGACCUUGUUCGAGACGGAGAACGCUCGAUUUUCGAACGAAGAGGCGAGACCUCUAUCUGGCGAUGCCUCCCAAUUCUUCGUUCCCGCGACUGCUGCAGAGCCUGGCGAUUUCUUAGUACCUGCACAACUGGCCGCUGGCCCUCCAAAGUCAACGCACAUCAAGAAGAAAGACAAAAAGCAUGGCCAUAGUCCGAACAAGGCAUUCAUGGAUGAUUACUUCACGGAAGGGGAAAAGAAGAGUAGGGAGUUAGAUCACGCUCCAAGUGCGAGGAACACACCACCCCCUCCACCCCCAAAGCAAGGAGGUCCACCAAAAGCCGGAGGGCCACCCAAGGCCACUGAAGGAGAAAAGAGAGAUGCAGACGAUAGUGGGGUAGACUAG